AUGAGGCAAACGGUGGCUUUCUGUCUACUUGGACUGUCAGCUCUGCUCCAUGUCUCUCAACAGGGCCCCCACCAGCGUAACCUACUGAGGGAGCUACUGAGGGACUAUAACCGUAUGGAGAGACCUGUGGCCAACGACUCUCUACCACUCACUGUCCGAUUCUCCUACACUCUUUUACAAGUCAUGGAUGUGGAUGAGAAAAACCAGAUCCUCACCACUAACGCCUGGCUUCAGAUGCAAUGGUAUGACCACUACCUCCAGUGGAACCAGUCAGAGUACCCGGGAGUCAAGUCCCUUCGCUUCACUACUGACCAGAUCUGGACACCAGACAUACUACUGUACAACAGUGCCCAUGAGAAGUUUGAUGCCACCUUCAAGAGCAACGUGCUGGUUAACUCCAGUGGCUUCUGUGAGUACCUUCCUCCAGGUAUUUUCAGCAGUGCGUGUAAUGUGGACGUACGUUGGUUUCCCUUUGACAUCCAGCGCUGUGAACUGAAGUUUGGCUCUUGGACGUUUGACGGCUGGCUACUGGACCUCCAGAUGAAGGAGGCUGACCUGUCAGGAUACAUGUCUAAUGGAGAGUGGGAGCUGUUGGGUGUACCAGGGGAUCGUCAUGAGAUAUUCUAUGAUUGCUGUACAGAGCCAUACUCUGACGUGACCUUUGUUGUGACACUUCGGAGGAGAACUCUGUUCUAUGCUCUCAACCUUCUCGUCCCUUGUGUUCUCAUCUCUUCUUUAACCCUGCUGGUUUUCCUGCUGCCUGCAAGAUCGGGAGAGAAGAUUGGUCUUGGAAUCACUGUUCUUCUCUCUCUGACUGUUUUCAUGUUGCUGGUGGCUGAGAUUAUGCCCCCUACCUCAGACUCCAUACCACUUAUAGGUCAGUAUUUUGUGAGUACCAUGAUUACCGUAGGGAUGUCUGUGGUAGCGACUGUAGUUGUUCUUCAGUACCAUCACCAUGACCCCAACAAUGGAAACAUGCCUCAAUGGGCAAAGUUGGUUCUACUCCAGUGGGUUCCCUGGUUUCUGAGGAUGAAGCGUCCAGGAGAUUGGGAAGAACUCAAAUCCCACCGCAGCCACUCAAACCUUCAGAGCCAAUCCGUCCCCACUACUUUCCCCCCUAACCCAGCGCCCACCUCCAUUCCCCAAAGCUUCAACUCUCUGCAGAACUGUCUUAGUCAUCUCAGCCAGCCCCUACCACACCUACCGUUAAACCCCACCCUUCAGUCUUGUCCCAACCAGAACCAGAACCCCCUACCUAGUAUCCACAAUAACCAAAACAGAAUUCCCCAGCCCCUUCUAGACCCACAUCUAAACACUAACCCUAAUCUCCCCACCACCUCCGACCCUCUGCCCAAUGGACACCUGCCUUAUGUGGGUUACCAGAGUCCUCCUGAACCCGAUCCUGGUGUCACCUGGAGAGGGGGAAGAGGUGGAGUUGGAGGAAAGGGUUCUAAUACCCCCGUUCAACAUGACCUCCAGCUAUCCUCCACAAGGUUCGGUAAGCUGCCUCCACAACUGCCUACAGCUCUAGAUCCUGACAGCUGUCUGGAUGCCAGAGCUGGACAAGGAGGAGAAGGUAUGGACUGUGCCCAGGUUAAAGUGUCCCAGGCUGGCAUAGUGGACGCCCAGCUCCAGGCUCUGCUUGUGGAGGUGCGGUUUCUGGCUGAUCGUUUCCGUGAGCAGGAUCGCAGGGUGAGUGUGGCAGAGCAGUGGCAGUUUGCCGCAGCGGUCAUCGACCGUAUGUGUCUGGUGGGGUUCAGUGUGUUCAACAUCAUAUGUACUAUCGCCAUCCUCAUGGCCGCACCCAACUUUGUGGAGGCGGCCUCCAAGGACUUCUUCUGAAAAAGGAGAGUGGGGAAGGAGGAGGGUGGAAGAGAGGAGA